AUGAUCGGAAAGCUGAGCAUUUGUUCCGUGUAACGACGUGUUUCUUCCGCUGACAAUUGAUGAAUUAUAUGCACGACGUCUUCUCCAGACGGCAGUGCCUCGACACGUCGCGGUCCCACUUGAAACGCGCGUUAGGGACGGUGUUGCGGGAUUUUCGGAAGAAUGUGCCUGGUUUUCUUCACAAUUAGCGUCGAUCGCCUGGUUAUCGCUUAACAGCUGCUCAUUCUGCACUUCAGUUGCUUAUUUUCGUGCUUUCCACGCGUUGUCCGGCCGAUAAAACUUUGUUUACGCGUGCAACCAUAACCGCUUCAACAAGAGGCGCGGUAUUGGCGUGUGUUUGUUCCUCCAGCAAUGACCUCCGGAUGCUCUCAAUCGCGUGUGUGCUGGUUUUCCCAGUAGGCUGGUUUCAAUGCUCUCAAUUACCUCACAGCGUUUUCCGCUUCAUUCCUUCCCCAGCGCAUAUUUGGUGACGGUGUUCUUCCCCACACGACCACACGCACCCCCACAUCGCGUUUUGCGACGAGGAGCGGCUCAACCGACGCGACGCGUUUGUUUACGUCGCCUCUGCAUUUCAGCAGGCGCAUCGCGUCGCGUUUUGCAUUUGAUUCGUCGCGUCGCGACUUUCCCCGGCUUACCCCAUCUGGACGCGCGUGGACUUUUCUCCAGGAUCUUUGACGUCACUCUGAAGCACACGUUCGGCAGAGCCAGACCCGCCGAUGGCGGAAAGCGAACCCAUAAUUACAAUGGUCUGGCUGCAAUGUUGCAGUUCCUUAAUACGCCGUAGUACCGUCUACCGUUCGCAGACUGUUUUCGUUCCCGUCGGCAUUGAAUUGUUAUUUAAGUGAGUUUGCACUUUCCCGUGGUGACGUGCUCAAUUCGAUACACAACAAGGCUUCUUGAGCUGUUUUUCGUCCUAUCGCGUCUUCUGUUGAUUCCUGAUCGUUUUUCUAGGAGCUGCGUGUAGUCCGGUUAAAACACUAUCUUCAGAAUUUCAAUUGCUCUUUAGUUUUCGAAGCAUCGAAUUCAACGAGAAAACCACGAAUCGGUCUUUUAUCACUGCUAGACAGCUUUGGAACAAAUGUUCAACAUCACAAAAAGUUUAAGUUUUGGUAGCAUUACAAAGUCGCUGUCGUUCUCGUCUCCGACAGAACCAUAUACACAGACUCCAAAACAGCAUGUGGACACUCUCCGUCGACUGUUCAAGGGAUUCGAUAUGAUGAUGAAUGACGAGUUUGAAGCCAUCCGAAACAUGUUCCAUGAUGACUCGCCAACUUCACUACUCGUAGAGGCGGGCAGUCAGUUCUUCCAGGCAAUGCUUGGAAUGGAACCUGGUUUGGUGAACAGCGCUAUGGAAUCAUUGUCCAAGGCUGACGAGGCCUGUGAGCAUCUGUGCAAACAAGUUUCACGCCACAACCAACAAAUUGGCAGCUACCCAGCAGGGUGGGACUGGCAGGUGUGUGUGUGCGAUAUUGCCCUCAUGCACGCCGUGCUGGGGUUUGCUGCUGGCUCCCUCGUAGACUCGAUGAAAGCCGCAUACCGGAUCCGAAAAACAUUCCUCUCUUUCGAAAAAAUGAUGGGUGUUGUUCGUGAAACCCAGGCAAAGAAACGGAAGUCGGGAAAGACGCAGACGGAAGACGAAAAGUUUGUAGACGAGUUCGUUGAGUCAGGAGUGCUUUCCGGUUAUGCCAUUUUAACUUUCCUCGUGUCCCUAUUCCCGCCCACGUUGGCCCGCAUUUUAUCCUUACUUUCUUUCCACGGAAACCGGAAAGAAUCGCUAGAGAUUCUAUGGACCGCGUCUCCGUACUCAAAUAUCCAGGGAGCCAUCGCCGGUCUGACGCUGUAUGCCUUUUAUGGAAUGCUCCAAGGCUUCAGCAGCUUUGCACCUCUUCGUUUCCACAAGGAGUUGAAGGAGUGCACAGACUUGCUGUCUCGAAUCCAUCAGCGCUAUCCCCAAGGCACGUUAUGGCUUGCGAUGGAUGCGAAGUUGCAGUAUAUGGUUGGAAAUAUCGACAGAUCACUUGCAAUGUUAGAGAGCCCUCUUAAGGCUCAAUUGACGCAAAUAGUGGCCUCGAGACAAUUCGAAGGCGCGCUUAUUCAUUUAAGUCUGCGUAAUUUCCCGAGAGCGACAAAAGAAAUGCUUGAUCUACUAAAUUACAGCAAGUGGUCAAAUGCAUUUUACUAUUAUGCAGCUGGCUGCGCGACUCUGCAACUCGCAAAAGACUCUGCUUCAUCCAAAGAACCGACUACAAUGGCCCAUGUGAAAGAUUUGAUGAAAAAAGCAGAGCAGUACUUGCUCACGUCCACACAGUAUAUUUCCCAAAAGAAAUUUAUGGGAUCAAAUCUUCCUGUGGAGGUGUAUCUGUCCCGGAAGCUGCGCAAGUGGAAGGCUCGAGCCGUUGCCCGGAACGCCAGCUCCAUCACCGAAGUAAUGCAGAGUCCUCCGUAUGUGGAGUUGUUGUACAUUUUCUCUGUUAAUUGCUUCCAUCACCAGGUGGUGAGUGAUUCCAUCCGUCGUGAUGUGCUGAAUGCCAAGUGCACGGAUACGGAUGAAAUCGCCUUACGGGAUUUCUUUCUGGGUGUGAUUGCACGCAGCAAAAAAGACUAUGCCGCUGCUGAGAAGCAGUAUCAAAAGGUGGUCAGUUUAAACAAAUCUCAGAUGCAGCAAGAGGAUCGUGAUUUCUGGGUAAUUCCAUUUGCUCACUAUGAACUGGCGGCUAUGCAUUGGGAAACCAAAGGGCUUACAGCAAAGCACGAAAUUGUUUCGCAUUUGAAGAAGGCUUCAGAUGCUUCAGGCUACGACUGGCAGGGUCGUAUGUCGCUCAUGUGCCAAUUGGCAGAUCAAACCAUUAAAUCUGAGGAAAGCACUUGAUGCAUUUAUAAACCAAUUAAUGAACCACUCCUGUAAUUUUUAAAGUUACUCUGUUCGCUAUAGAGUACAAAACCACAGACCGUCAAUGAAAUGUUAUGUAUUCCUAUUUUAUUUUUUAUUACUACUCACAAUAAGAACCAAUAAGGCGAUG